AUGACUCAAAAGAUUGAUUUACAAGACAUCACUGAUCCUAUUAUUAACAGCGUACAUGAAGAGAAUGUUGUUCGAGAUUUAGAAGGGAAUUUUCAUGAUACUGAAGAUGAAGAACAAAUGAAGAACAAACCAUUUAAAGAAGAUUAUUUCGAUUAUAUGAUUUAUUCAGUGAGAGGACACUACAACAAAGCUAAAGUAAUAAUGUCUUAUUCGUUUAAUACUGAGAAAUUUUCUAAAUCAGUAUUGUUACUUAUUUCAGGAUUAUUUAUCUUUUUUGCGGUGGCAAGUUCUACAAUAUCAACCAUUAUAGGUAUUAUUGAUUCACAACACAUUUUUGAACAUUUAUUUUUUGUUAAAUUAACUCAUUUAAUAAUUUCUUCCCCAUUCAACCGUACAAUACCUUCCUAUUCUUCAAUCAAAUUAUAUCUAGUAAUAGGGAUAUGUAUUGUUAUUAGUUUAACAUCACUAUACUUAUUUCAAUCUAUUCUCUCUUUUCCAAUGCAGACACUUGGGCAGUCUAUGAAAUUUAUUCCAAUAAUUCUUCUUCGUCCAAUAUUUAGAAUUCCACUUAAACAAAAUGAUUUGAUCAUUGGAGUAGUUACACUAUCAACUAUCUUUGUAUUUGUGAUUGUGAGUAAUGCUAGUAUAACUUCAUUUAUAUUAUUGAUGUUAUACAUUACUUUUGAUGCAAUGGUAAUGGUUCUUCAAUCAAAACACUUUACAAUAGAUGAUUAUUAUGCCAAAUUAUUUUAUCCAUCUGUCUUUUCUGUUAUAAUAUUCUUAAUCCUUUCAUUACUUCUUCAAAACGAUUUGAUAAUUAGUCACUAUUAUCUCUGUAUAUUCAACUGUUUAUCUUCAGCAAUGACUCAAAUAACUAACCAAAUAUUAAUGAAACAUACUCGUGGAAAAAUAUGGAUGAACACACUUCACGUUUUUCGACAAUUUGUAAAACUAUGUUAUUCUUUUCUUUUUAUUCAAAACCUAACAUCCCUUCAAUUUUUGUCUUCAGUUCUUGUGUUUUUAUGUUUGUUCCUCCACGGUGUGUCUUUUAAAAUACCAAAAAGAUUUGACCAACAAGACAGUAUAACUUAUACCUCUUAG